AUGGACUGGGGGAUCGUUGAGAGGAAUCAAUGUCAGUCUCGAAAGUGGAAUCGCAGCAUUCCUUUUGUGAUCUUUUCAGGAGGGCAAUGGUACGGAUCCGUUGCGCAGCGUAAGGCGAAGAAGACAUGGGGCGAGCGGCUCCGGCUGCCGGCCCUGCCGAAGCUGCGAGAGCGGUGGAAGGACCGCGACGGGCCCGGCAACCCGGCCCGAAUGGCCAUCAACUACGGCACGAAGCCGCCCGGGUCCACCUACGGCACCGUGACGAGCCAGAGCGCCUUGGCCAAGUCCAUGGAGUACGCGGAGCCCUGGCUGUAUGCCACUUACGGCCGCAGCGCCGGGGCGCCGCCGAAUCCUGUCCGCGACUUGGCCCGAACGGCGCCAGUGGUGCAGGCCUGGGACCCGAAACCGCGUUUGCCCAUGCCCAAAGCCGGGGUCCCGGAAGCGGUGUAUGAAGAGAUCGCCGGACCGGGUUUCGACUUGGACGAAUUCAUUUGCGCGUGUCGGGCCAAACUGUCCGCGAGUCAACGAUCGCGCACUAAAUUCGUCAAAGAUUGCAAGAGCGCUCGCAGGUCGACGACCACCGGGAGAAACAAGACCAAAGGCCGCUCGCGCCCGAGCCUCAACUCGGUGCUCAGCUCCACAGAGGACCCCUACUCGUUCAUGCGCAAAGCCAGGCUGCUCACCGGGACGAGCAACAGUAGUUCGGAAAGCUUCCAUCGUCCGGCUACAUUGGUAGAGGUGGAGGAGUCUUCGUACCAGGAAUUCCCCGACUAUAUUUCCGCGAAGAAGAACAGAUUCGCGACUGUGCACUCCAUACGGAGUGGAACCAAAACUCGGGGUCCAUUGCCGGUGGAUUUCGCGCCUCCGGUGUCGAUUUCCUCCUCGGAGCCGGCGUUUACUCUCGAUAAUACGGACGACUCGCGCGAUUCUGCAUACUCGCGAGGAGCCGUCGGUGGCAAGGAGCCCGACACCGCGUCGCAAUGGGACAACAGCUCGUUCGAAGAGGAAUUUUUCGACGCAAGUGACCGCAUUUCCAAUAACGGACUCGCGUCCCCACCUCGUAAAUCAAUCCUGGAGUGCAACGUCAACGCCUACGACUUGAUGAUGCGGUUGGGCAGGUCGGAUUUCUUAGGCUACGACAGUGGCAGCGACGAACUGAGCGACAACGCUCUGCAGCUUGAAGCGAGAUCCAUGCCAGCCAAACGGAUUCCGAAAUUCACAGAUUACAACAAGAACGAAGUGCUUGGUGGGAUUCGUCUGCGAAAUGGGCCGCCGUCAUAUCAGCUGCUCAGCGACGGCGAAGGAGAAGAAGCGUCGUCGUCCAGCGAAUGCACAGUGAACACGAGCAACAACAGCAGUCUUUACGGUAUCGGGACAAUGUCCAGCAACAAUUCGUCGACGAUGCUCGACGAAAGCGUCGAUUACGUGAAAAUGCCGAACGACGACGGUGUUUUCAAGGCUCCAGUUCCGCCGCCUCUGCCGGAUCGAUAUCCCGUGAAAAUGAGCGGCGAACCUCUGAUGGCUGGUUCGAUACCUCCGCCGCCGCCGUUGCCACCGCCACCACCGCCGAUGCCGUUGGCGCAGCAUGGUAGGGAUAACUCCUUGAACGAAUCCGACUCGUCGUCCACGUCAGGCAUCAGCGAUGAUUCGGACGCCCCGAAAAGGCCGCCUCGGCAGAAAAGAGAUCAACCUGUUGUCAAGCGGGUUUCCUCGUGUGACUCAGUGUCGAAUACGUUGGUUAACCCGCAGGACGCUGUGAUUAACCAGCUCAAGUCAAUUUUGAAGAAACCACCCCUGCAACCCGUUGAAAGAUCGAGCGUAAGCGUAUCAAGAAAGCAUUCCGUCGCUGAGGAGCCGAAAGAACCCGCUCAGCUGGGCAGGCACUUGGCCCGGAGGUCGGAGUCGGUAGACGAACUCGAAACCCCGUCGCACGACAAGCAACGCAAAAAGAAGCAAGUCCAGUUCCGAUCCAGUGCCGACAUCACGGUCCUAUCGAGGGACUCGAUGAGCGACGACUUCAGCGAAGAACUCGAGUCUGAGCUCGAGUCCAUCUUCAAACGAAUGAAGUUGAGCUCACGUUGGGGCACGCAGGUUGCUACCACCGCCGCUGUCAGUGCCGCCGGCGACGAGAUGGAUCCUGCCCGCGAGGAGCAGGACGACGCGGCGGCGGCGGCAGCGGACGCCGACACUGAACCCGGGUCGCCGCCGGGCGCGGAGUUCAACCCGUGCGACGAGCAACACCCAGCCUUGCCCGAAGCUGUGGCGGUGCUCGAGGCGUCCGCUUCUACGUCUGUUAUAGUUGCUGUUUCCGACUCGGUGGUGUCAGGAAAGGUUGGAGUCACGUCAAGCACUUCUUCACAACGUUCUCGCUGCGAAAGAGGGUGUCUUUCUUUUAUGAAAGCACCCACAAGAACUGAAGUGGAAGAAAGCGUCCGAGUCACGUGGCAACUUUCCGCCAGCCUAGACGAAAAGCUCUCCCCGCUUUUCUUCUUCUCGCCUACCGGAGAUACGGCAGAACUUGAGCCAGCUUUUGUUCCUGCCUUCGGGCGUAACUCGAGUUGA